CGUGAAUGACGUAGCGUCACGGCUAUUUUAAUACCGUACGUCACCUCCUACACGUGUGGCCCACGCUGAAACUGAUAGGGUCAGAUAAGUAAGCGAUCCAGUUAUUUCAACGCAUUGCUGAGAGUGGGGCCAGUUCAGCACAGCGUCCAGUUUCUCUUUGGAACGGUUGCCAUGGCAGCUGUAAACAUUCUGUGGGAGCAUGCACGGUUGUUAUGGGAACUGUCUGCAAAGAGCUUGAAAAAAGCCGGACGAGGAGUCUAUGGGCAGAGCAGCGGAAUCACAAGGAAGGUUCCAAAAUAGUUGAAGGAAAAACUACAUAGAGGCAACAUCAGCAACAAAUGUCAGUGUUUCAGUCCACAGGUACUCCUCUGGAGGGUAGGUUACGUCGCUGCCUGCCAGCCAUCAAACCAGACAGGCUGAGAACAGCAAAAGCAGUUGUGGAAAAAGCAGUGAAGAUGAAGAAGGUAUUUUCAGUGCAGGGACCUUACCCUGUGAUUCGCACUGCCUUAUGGGCCAGAGGGUGGGUGGAACGCCGUUUGCCGGGUCCGGUCCAGAAAACACUUCCUUGCCACAGUGAUGAAGAGGAGGAGGAUGAUGAUGGAGUGGUCAAUGCUGAUGUUACUGAGAGAGUGGAUGAAGGCGAGAAAGAUGAGAACCUCAAUGACAUGUAUGACCUGAUGUCUCGGUUGGUUCGAAAUGAGACAUCAUAUUUCUACUGGACAACUCGGCGGGACUCUAUAGACUGUCGCUCCUUGCAGAAUGACCAGAUGACUAAUCAUUUUGCAAAUGCUGGAACAUUUACCACCAAGGUGGGGUUGUGCAUGAAUCUGCGUAACCUUCAGUGGUUUGAUACAGCAGAUCCUGACACCUUUUUUCCAAGAUGUUACAGGCUUGGAGCGGAGGAUGAAAAGCAGGCCUUCAUAGAGGACUUCAGGAGGACAGCCUGUACCAGCCUGUUACAGCAUGUUGUUGAGACAUGGAAAAAUGAUGAAGCAAAAGAGUUGAAUGAUGUGAAACGUCACAUUGUAGGUCCAGAAAUUAUUGACACAGCUUUGCUUGCAUGUCAAGAGUUUCUCAGUGUUUUAAAGCAUAGUGACAUUGAUACAACUGUAGAAACAACCCCAUCUGUGGAGGAGCAGCAGUGGGCCACGUUUCUGCAGAACUACUACAUGGUUGUGCACAAAUGUGCAGUGAUCAGUGGCAGUGGCGAGUUCGUGGAGCUCUGUAAGGCCAUGCUAGCCAGACUGCAGGAAGUUUGCCCUCAGCUGCAUAUUGAUGGACUAAACAACAUCUGGAUUGUCAAACCAGGAGCCAAAUCAAGAGGAAGAGGCAUUAUGUGUAUGAAUCGUCUGGACGAGAUUUUGGCACUUGUGGACACCGACAGAGCCUUGAUGAAGGAGAGCAAGUGGGUGGUUCAGAAAUACCUAGAGCGUCCUCUGCUUGUCCAUGGCACAAAGUUUGACCUCCGUCAGUGGUUCCUCGUUACUGAUUGGAACCCCCUGACUGUCUGGUUCUACAAAGAGUGCUACCUACGGUUUUCCACUCAGCCCUACUCAACAAAAAACCUACACAGCUCAGUCCACUUGUGCAACAAUUCCAUCCAAAAGCACUUUCAGCCUUCUCAUGACCGUCAUCCAGGAGUGCCUGAGGACAAUAUGUGGUCCUGCAGUCAGUUUCGGUCUUUUUUGCAGCAACAAGGACGUGGGGAAGACUGGGAGUCAGUAGUGGUCCCAGGCAUGCAGCAAGCAGUGGUCCAUGCCCUACAGACAGCCCAAGACCUGGUUGAGCCCCGCAAGGCCAGUUUUGAGCUGUUUGGAGCUGAUUUUAUGUUGGGAGCAGAUCUGAGACCUUGGCUUCUGGAGAUCAAUGCCAGUCCAACUAUGGAGUGUUCAACUGCUGUGACCACUCGGCUCUGCCCUGCUGUGCAGGUGGACACACUAAGGGUUGUGCUGGACAGACGGACUGAUCCUAAUGCUUACACAGGAGGCUUCCAGCUAAUCUACAAACAGGCUACAGUAGAAGUUCCUCACUAUGUGGGGGUGCACCUACUAGUGGAAGGAAACCCUAUUCGGCAACCCAGACCUGUGCUUCAUAGACAGACAAAUACAGCUCUCACUAUCCACCUCCCUUCUGACCAGUCAUCACCAGACAAGGCUGAGAUAAGAUAUAAAGCAUCAGGUCAGAGGCCACACCUGGUGGCUGACCUUUGCUGCUCAGGCAAAGAGAGCCAAGAGAGAAAGAGACUAUUGACAUCUAUAUCUCCAAAACGAGAAUGUGAGAUGAGGGCAGAAGUACAGAAUGUCCUCUGUGUCCGGAGGACAUGCAACAGUUUUGAAUCUGAACAACCUUUGAUGAUACGCUCAGAACCUCAGAGGAAAGCUCGACGGUUUGAUUUAAGUCUUCGUGUUAAUGGGGCACCCUUAGUGCCAAGGAGUCUUUCCUUUUCACUCGGCCCUUCACACAGGACAUCAGAGGAUAAAAUUGUUCAUGGGUCAAAGAUUUCCAGAUCCUUUCUACCUCCGACAACUUUUGAGCCUAGACACAGAAUUUCUAAUCAAAUCUGUCCUCCGUUCCAGGGUCCCCUACCGAGUCUUGAAAUCUGUCGCUUGCCUCAUGUGGCUGUAACCACUUUCCAUCAUAACUCAGCUUUUUCAUCCUACCCCGGCAUCCACAAGCAAGAGUUAUUCAUUCGUUCACAAAGACAAAACCCUGGCCGAGGCAAAGGAGAGAGCACAGGAGAACAUAAACACUGAUGCUGUUUAGAGCUGAGAUGAUGGAAAGCAGCUGAACAUGUUUGAUUAGCAUUAAUGAGAAGACAACUGACAAUGAGCUUACUGUGCUUUAUUUCUUACUCUUUUGCUUUUUUUCUUUCAAAUAAGUUGUAAGUAUUUCAACCUACCAGCAGGUGGGGAUAAAGUGCCAAGAAUCAAACUGCAGGUUUAAGCCAAACCCCUAAGAGGAAAAAAAGAAAGUAAUUUCCCAUCCAGAUUGGUACCUUACACACCAGCGCAAUCAUGUAUUGCAGUUGCUUUAGUAUCUUUAUAACAAAAAUGUCCAAAUUUACCGGUAGGUUCGAAAAGACUGAUGCUUGAUAAGCAUAUUUCUUCAGUGAUUUAAUGCCCAUUUAAUUAGCACAUAUUUGAUCAACUAUAUGUAAUUUUUUAUGUGUUAGAAAUAUUUUCAUCUAUGGUGGAUAAAAAGGAAAAAUUUAAACCCAGACAGGAAACUUUAAGAAAGGGAAUGACGUGAAUGAUGUGCAAGAAAGGUUCAAACAAGUCAAAUUAAAGUUUUUUGUUUGUUUUUUUUAUAUAUAUAUUCAUAUUUGUUUUUAGAUUUCCAGGACCAACUAACUGAAAUAAAUGUUACGGAUGCUAUUAAAUCAGCGAAGAAAAAAGUAAAUUUUGUUGAGGAAAUGAACAGAAUAUGCCUCAACUUGCAAUUUUUUUUCAGGUCAGAAGUCAAACAUGCAACUCCUCAACAAGCAAAUGGAAAUCAGCAUCAGGAGGAGCAACAUGAAAAACAGCAGGGUGUGGCGUUAGACUUGAUUUUGCACAGAUAAUGUAGAUGUGGAAUGAAUAAACAUUUCAGCUCUGAAGUGAUAAUGGAAAAAAAUACUUUUAUGUUAUUUAAAUGUUUGCAUUGUUGGGGACCGAACUGCAGAACAGUGCUAAGACAAAACUGUGAAUUUAAGUUCUAUAACAGCUGGAAAAUGUGAUUGUUCUAUACAGAAUGUACUACUUCUUGGUUGACACGAUGGUGCUGAACAAGUUAACCGCCCAAAAGACUGAUCUCAUUGUUGCCUCAGGAAAUCAGCUUUUUAAGCUUAUAUUUGUUUCUAUGUUUUAUUUAUAGUAGCACAAAUGGUUGACCAGCAUAACCACCAGCUAAAGGUCUUCCAAUACUUAAAUGUAUC